GUGCUCUCCUCCCUCUCAGUGUAACAGACAGCAUUAGAGACGCGCGAGCUCAUUUCUUCCAGCAGGCUGUGGGGUGAAAAUGCGUUGUGUAGCUGGAGAUAAAAGUUGCGGGUUUGUGAUCAGCAGUGCGGGGAGUGAGGAGCUCAGGACGGGAUUAAAGCAGAGCAGCUGAGUGAAGCGGAGGAGAAAACUGACCGAGUUGCUUUGUUCUCUCAAUAACGAAACCGUUACAUACCGGGCUGUGGGGUGUGUGUGUGUGUGUGCGCGUGUGUGUGUAUGUGGACAUGGAUAACACAGAGAAGGGAAAUAAAUCCGACGACGAGCCAGAGUCUCCAGAGGACGAAGAAGUUGAUCCGAGAAUUCAGGGAGAGCUGGAGAAACUGAAUCAAUCAACAGAUGACAUCAACCGAUGGGAGACGGAGCUGGAGGACUCCAGGCAGAGGUUUCGUGCUGUCCUGGUGGAGGCCACGGUAAAGCUAGAUGAGCAGGUCAAGAAGAUCGGCAAAGCCGUGGAGGAGUCCAAGCCCUACUGGGAGGCCCGGAGAGUGGCUCGACAGGCUCAGGUGGAAGCUCAGAGAGCCACACAGGAGUUCCAGCGAGCCAUAGAGAUCCUGCGAGCAGCAAAAGAAACCAUCGCUCUGGCAGAGGAGAGACUUCUGGAGGAAGACAGCCGGCAGUUUGACUCGGCCUGGCAGGAGAUGCUCAACCACGCCACCCAGAGGGUGAUGGAGGCGGAGCAGAGCAGGACACACAGUGAACUGGAGCACAGAGAGACAGCGGCCAAAUACAACGCAGCCAUCAGCCACAUGAGACAACUGGAGAAGAAACUCAAACGUCCCAUCAACAAGUCACGGCCAUAUUUUGAAUUGAAGUCCAAAUAUUAUCUACAGCUUGAGCAACUAAAAAGAAAAGUGGACGAGUGCCAGGCUAAACUGUCCCAGGCCAAAGCGGAGUACAGGGCGGCCCUGCGCAACCUGGAGACCAUCUCAGAUGAGAUCCACGCUCGCAGACGUCUCGCAGCCAUGGGGCCCCGCGGCUGCGGAGUUGGGGCUGAGAAAGAUGUAGGCACCGGUGAUGACAUCAGCAACUUCAAAAUGGAGUCAGACGGCAUAUCCAUGAUAUCUGAGACCUUUGAGGAGGAAAACUGUAAUGGUUCUGCCUCAGAUGAAGAUCCAGAAACCCAGUCCACCUGCAGCCUGAGCUCCAACUCGGCCCCUCUAGAUGUUCCUUGCCCAUAUGUCCCCUCCUGCUCAUCUCCGUACCCUCUGCUCUCGUCCUCUUGUCCUUUCCCCUCCUACUCCUCUCUUCCCUCGUUCUCCCCCUGUCCCAUAGGUGUGGAGCUGCCCCUGGAGGGCUUUGACCGUGUCUCGCCUGUUCUGGGACCUCGCAGUGAGUGCAGCGGUGCUUCAUCACCCGAGUGUGAGCAGGAGAGAGGGGAAAGAGCAGAUGGUGCUGAGAGAAAACCAGAAAACACUACACGGGCCAGCGGUCAGAAGAGCACUACCUUGGAGGAGGGUGCUAGACGUCUGUCUCUGCAGCACACAGAAAAGAGUGAGACGGAGUCGUUUAGUGCCGCUGCCCCUCUGCUGCUGCUUAACUCAGUUUAAACUAAAGGAAGGACCUGAUCAGAUCUGUCCAAUCUCCUGAGUACUUGUGCAAAAGCAUCAUGUGUCAAAGGAACCUUUGUGUCCAGCCCUAUACCCUUCUUAUAGACUGACAGAGACUGCUGACAGGAAGAGAAGGGGAACGGUUUAAACAAGGAAGCCCAAGACAGAAAAACAAAUGAGUAUGCAGACAUUUGCCUAGAUGUGUUCUGGAUGUUUUCAGUCACAAAACAAAUGGCCAUGUCUUCCUGAUCUGCAUAUCACAUUGUCAUACUGACCAUGUUACUCCUGUGUGUUGAACCUCGCAGUGUUAAUGUGUAUAAUGUGUGUUGGCUGUGUUGAAUAGUAGGCCUACGUACUUUUCUCUGCAGCUGUACUCUCUCUCUGUAUUUAAUCCUACAUGUUAGUACGGAACUAUGAACUAACGUAGCAAAGAAAUCUAUAUUUAUAUUCAGUCUUGUUACCUUGACCAAUGUGUUGUUGUGGCACAGUAAUGUAUAACUACAUAAUAAACAUAAGUUCAUGGCAUAUGCCAUGCUAAGUGUA